GCGUCUCUUCAGCUCUCAGUCGGUGUUUUCUGCUGAAACAAGUGGACCGAGAACACCAUGAGCUCUCUUAUGCAUGACACCUGAGGCACAACUUCGCUUUCCUGGUUUCCUAAAUAUCCAAAACAGUUGCUAUUGAGAGUAAACGAGCUGUUUGUCUGUGACUUUCUGGCUCUUUCUGCUGGGAAACACCACAGAGAGCUGGUUUGAAAGCUGCUUAAUUGGCUGGAAAAAUCACAUUUGUCAUAUCAGAAAUAGGGAUCUUAAUGUGGAUACAACGUUGAAGCUGCCACAUUUUAUCUUCAUCGUUAAACUUUGUUCCUGUGGGAUUACAGAGAGGACACAGCUGAGACACGGCUGAUCCCAAGAGUUCAGACACUCCCUGACCCACAUCCCCCUUGCAGCAGGACAUGGAGGUCCUGCGGCGGUCCUCUGUGUUCGCUGCAGAGGUCCUGGAUGUCUUUGACCGCUCGUUGAGUGAGAAGGAGCUGGUGUCCCAGUCCAAAGCCUUGUGCAGAGACUACAUACUGUCCAGACUCAACCAGAACGGACUGGGAUGGUCCAAAAGUGACCUUCACCUCUCUCCGUCCAAUGCAGGGCUCGCUGAGGUGUCCUUUGUGCUUCUCUGUCUUGGCGACGAGCUGGAGUGUAUACAGCCCAGCUUGUACAGGAACGUGGCACGGCAGCUCAACAUCUCCGUUGCCAUGGAGAACAUGGUUUCAGAUGCGUUCAUCGGCGUGGCAACAGAGAUCUUCUCGACAGGUAUAACAUGGGGUAAGGUGGUGUCCAUGUAUGCAGUAGCCGGAGCCCUGGCGGUGGAUUGUGUCCGACAGGGUUAUCCAACCACCAUCCACAUCUUAGUGGACAGUCUGGGCCAGUUUGUCCGCAAGUUUCUGGUUCCCUGGCUGAAGAGACGGGGAGGAUGGGCAGAGAUCACGAAAUGUGUAGUGAAGAAGGAUCUGGCCCCUGAGCAGCACCACUGGCUGUCGUCAGUCAUCGAGUCCCUGAAGUAUUUCCUCACUACAGUGUACGUCUACAUCAUGAAGGAACCAUGACUCAGCAGAGACGGAGAGAACAUUGAUUGAUAUGAGAUUGAAAUCUCAGACUUGUCAAUAAUAAUCGAUGGAGUGGAGAUGGUCGCUGUGCCUGCCAGCAGAUUAUCAGUCUGUCGCUGAAUGACUUAUCAACAAAUGUUUCAUCAACAUUGUGUUUGUGUUAUCUCGGUGUCGGAUUAGUGAUUACUCUUCAUCCAAACAGUAGUCACUGUGAUAUUUAAGAACAAACAAAUUUGCGUCACUCCACCUCUUCUAUAUACUUUCAUACCGGUUACACCGGUGCGGUUAACCACGCUUCUCCAGUGUUGUAACUGUAAUGUGUGAUGGUGUUGAGGUUGUUUGCACUCCUGAGAUAAAAACUGUUCGGUGCUUUGAUUUGAUGUGUGUCUCAGAAAAUAUACCUGAAGGAACGAUGAAGGCCAUGUUUGCACUGAUAAUUGAUGCUCAACUGGCUGGGUCUCGUGAGUCUGAAAGGGACCGCCAUCACAUUAUGAUGCAAAGGUGUUUCAACUGCUUUCACCUCUUAGGGUUAAUUUACACUAUUGUACUUCACCAAAGCACAAGCAGCGUCUGUCUCUUCCCAAAUAUGAUUCAACUCUCUGCUGCAAUUUUAGACACCGUUGACCAAGAAAUGUUGGGUCUCAUUUUUGGCCAAAGAAGAAUCAAACAAACUGCAUCACUUAUUUUGGUGAAAUUGGUUUUGUUUUUUUAAACCUGUAAAUAGUUUUUAUUAUUAUUAUAUAUAGAUUUAUGAUUUUUUAUUUUCUAUUUUGAUUAUGACUUCAACAAUUGAAGCCACUGCAGUAUAAAGACAACGGCUCUACAGGAUGAUUGUGUGGUAUGGUUGAUGGCUGUCACUUUCACAGUAUUAAUUUAUAAAUGUGUGUCUGAAUGUUUUUUUUUUAAAUGCAUAAUAAACUUAAAAUCUUCACAUGUA